AUAAGAAAGAGAAUAAUGUAUGUUGAUUUUGUUUUAAACGAAAUUUUGUGAAAAUGUCCUCGGACGAAGAGAACGAUGAGUUGAUGAAUCUUGAGGCGAUCCGCGACAAGAUUCUCAGCACACCUCGUACGGAACGCAUGCAAGUUAGUGCCUGGGAGGACGACGACGAUGGAAUCGAAGCCGAGCGUAAUGCGAAAGAACCGGACGAGAUGGCAAUGUUAAGUGCUGCCGAAGAAGGGAAACUGGAUCAUGCGAAGAAACUCUUGAACAAAAAUCCUGCACUGCUGCAUUGUGUUGAUAAGGAUGGAUAUACACCGCUUCACAGAGCCUGCUAUGGGAAUCAUGUUGACAUGGUGGAAUUACUACUUCAAAAUGGAGCAAACAUAGAUGCACAAACCAUGGAUGGUUGGCAGCCUUUGCACUCCGCUUGCUGCUGGAACAAUGUUAAUUGUGCUAUGAUUCUUAUUGCCAAUGGAGCAGAUGUUAAUGCCAAAACUAAAGGGAAUCAAACACCAUUGCAUUUAGUGUCUGCCAGCUCACAUAAUUCUCCUGCGCUUCAACUUCUUCUCCUUCAUCCAGAUACUGACCCAAAUCCUAUAAAUUCUAGUGGCGAUACAGCUGAACAGGUAGCAAAAAGAACUGGUAAAUAUUACCCUCUCUUUGAAAUUGCAGAACCAUGUCUAAAUGAAAUUUAACUUAUUCUUUAGAAAAUAUAAUUAUCAUAUUACACAUAUAAUAAAGUUGAAACAUAAAUAUAUGUAACAAUAAAAAAAGUAAUUAUUAUUAUAUUGCUAUGUAAUUGUUAUAAGAUAAUAUAAUGAAGUAUAAAAAA